GAUUGGUGGACCGGGUGCGGGUUUGAAAAUGGCAGAACAGCAGAGCGAGCUGGCGCCGGCUCCCGAUGAGAAGAAGCGGAAACUCUGCCAAAGCGGGCCCGAGGCGGCGGACUCCCCGGGCUCCGAAAGAAGUGACUUCAACCUGGAGAGUUUCCGUUUGGAGAAAAUCCUACGGGAGAGCGCGCGGGACAAACUAGUCUUCAUUCACGGCAAGGUUGGACAGAACAACGGAGAAGCACGGGAUGCUGUGAUCAUUUUAGAGAAGACGCCUUUCUCUGAGGAAACCUUGCCGCAUCUUCUCAACAAGGAUGCAGAUCUCCGUCUUCAAUUCAGGAAUGACAUUUACAGCACACACCACCUCCAUCCCCUUCCAGCUUUCAAUGAGAUAAAGACUACAGUGGUAUAUCCAGCUACAGAGAAGCACAUCAAGAAAUAUCUAAAGCAAGAGAUGUACCUCAUUAAUGAAACAGCAGAAGACUACAAAACCAUCACCAGUCCAUACAUUGAGUCCCAAUCCUUUAGUAUUCAGUGGGUGUAUAACAUUCUGGAAAAGAAGGCAGAAGCUGACCAUAUAAUUUAUGAAAAUCCAGAUCCACAAGAUGGUUUUCUCUUGAUUCCAGACUUAAAAUGGAAUCAGAAGCAGGUGGAUGACCUGUACCUGAUUGCUAUUUGCCAACGGCGUGGGCUAAAGUCCCUGCGGGACCUAACAGGAGAACACCUGUCAAUGUUGCAGAAUAUAUUGCAGGAAGGACAGGUUGCCAUCUCCAAGCGUUAUAAUAUUCCCGGAAGCCAACUGAGGAUUUACUUUCAUUAUCAGCCCUCCUACUAUCACCUUCACAUUCACUUCACUGCUGUUAGCUAUGAUGCUCCAGGAACCAUGGUGGAACGUGCACAUCUACUUUCCAGUGUCAUAGAGAACCUACAAACCGACCCAGAGUACUACCAGAAGCGAACUUUAACUUUUGCCUUGAAGGCUGAUGACCCACUUCUACAACGGUUCAAAGAGGCUGGAAGGAUGUAGCAGAGAAAUUACUUGUUCACACACUGUCCUUUGAAUAGUAUCAGCCUAGAAUCUAUCCUUCUCUUUCACUUGCAUUCACUCACACUCACACACACUCACACACACACACUCACACUCACACACUCACACACACACUCACACACACACUCACACACACUCACACACACACGUUGAGCUGAGUUACACAGCUUUAGAAGCAUCAACAUUAGAGACAGAAAGCUCUUUCAGUGAACAGACAAGACAGUCAGUCUGACCUCCAUUCAUCAGAACACAGAUCUUCAAAAGGUUCAUUUUUAACAAAAUGAAUGUUGUUGCUAUGGCAUUAAAAUGUUCCUUGCUAUAAAUUAGAGAGAGCAGAGUAAACUCCAAGAGUGGCUUUAAGAAAAACAGAAGUAAAUUUGUUUUGUCUGUGCAAUUAGGCAUGACUUUCAGAUCUCCAUCAUGGUGUUCUUUAUAUAGAAGUUGGCAAGGAUAGGGUCAGCAGAGGGGACAGAAAGGUGCAGGCAUUCGUAAACUGACGCAAAACCCAGCCAAGAUUGUUAAUUCAAAAUUGUAUUCUGGUUUGCUCAUGCAGAAACACAUGGAAGUCUUUGUCCUGAAGAAGCAGGGGUUAUGCUGGGUGAGGGCUGCUUAAUACAGCUAUCCCCACUAUUCAUGCUUCUAAAUCCGGGUAACCCACUCAGCAUAUGUUUGCUUUUGUGUGGGUGAAUCCACAUUUUUGAUGUUCAUUUUCCUGUCAUGAAGGGUUUUCUGCUUCCUGUUCAGGGAAAAAAAGAUCCAUGAGCUUGUUUAUAAAGAAAUUGUUAACAGUUUCCGUAGUAGUAUAGUAAUUCUAUGUAUCCCUUCUCCCUCCCUUCUGAAUUCCUGCGUUUUGCUGGGAAAUAUUCUACAAAUAGUUUCGGCACUUGGCCAUUUUUCACAUGCAAACCAAUAUGUAAGUGAUGCUGUGCUAGUCGGUCAAAGGGAUGUCACCCCCCUUCUCGGGCCUUCAGACAAAGUCGAUACUUCCUCAGGAUGGGAGUGAGAGCUUCAUUUGUUUUUUUCCUUCUUCACCAAGGUGAUGCAG